CCUCCCAAAAACCAGCAGACAUACCGUGAACACACAGUAAGCUUGACCGCACCGUCUCACACUCUCCUCCUGCAGACGAUGCCGGGACCGCUCUUUCUCGAAGUUUCAACCCCGGCCCGCGAGCCCCUCUGACGUCACCGCGUGACCGUUAACGGUUGAAGAAGUCGAUGUCCAGUGACGGUUUUAUAAAGAAAUGAAAGAGUCAGGAGACGAAACUUAAUAAAAUCAGGUUGCGAUUUUAAAAAAAAAUUCGGUUAAAGGAAGAGGGACCUUUCUGAUUUUGUUGUUCCUUUUCCCUCGUGAGUGUUUGAAGAUUUUUUUUGUCUUACUCUGGAAAGAAUUGUCAAGCUUUGAAAAAAUGAGUCGCCGUGGUGAUUCAGGACAAGAAGGUGUCUUACCAAAAGUUAGCAGAUCAAGUCUCUUAGAUUCAUUUGGUGCAGAGAAAAAAACGGGUAAAUUCCGCAGGAGCACUGUUGGAAUGGUGGCUUUGCAGGAGACCAUAAAAGAAAAACAGGUAAGGUACAGAGAGGCAAGGGAGAAUAGAAGAUUGAAAUUUGAUGAUGCCUAUCGAUACAUUAUUGAUAUUUUGUCUAGAAUGCUGGAGAUGGAAAAAACAGUUGUGGAAGAUUUUAUUUUGGAUUCCUUGACUUUUCAACCAUUUGAUGAUUUCUUCUCCAAAGGAGGUACAAAAUCUAUAGUGUUUUUUUACCAAGAAGCUGAACCACCAGUAAUCGAAAGUGGACGAAUUAUCGCUGGAGUUUCUAAAGGAUCCAAAAUGAUGAGAUUAUUUCAGAGUGAUUUAUCUAGUGUGUGCCUUACUGGCCUUUGCUUAUUCUUUGUACGGUACAAAAAUGAUGUUGCAAUCACUGGGAAGAAUAUUCAUGAGGAGAUAUUCUUUUGUGUUUUGGAUUGUACUGAUGGAAUUCUCACUGGUGCUGAGAAAAUGCUGGGAAAUAUUUUUAUCCAUGCUAUUUCUGUAUCUGACAAAUGGGGAGCACUGAACCAAUCAAUACAUGGACACAGAGAGAAGAAAGCUUUCAAAGAAAUUAUUCGCAGUUACAUCACAUUCCUAAAUGGCUCACUAACAAGUCUUGAAAAAGCUGUAGUCCUAAAAAGUGAAACUGUUGAUCUUUCCCAACUGCGCUCAUUUGAACAAGUGACAGCUGCAGCAUCCAAUCCGGAAAUGAUUCUACAGCUUGAAAAUCUACUUUUGUUGUGGCACAAUCAACUAGAACAGGUGCUGGCACAAAGCAAUCAAGUGAGAAAAGAAGCUGAAGAUUCAGGUCCACUGACUGAACUCGAACACUGGAAAUGCACAUCAGCAGAAUUCAAUUCUAUCAUCGAGCAGCUUAAAGGACAACAUUGCAAGGCAGUGAUCAAUGUGUUAAACACAAGCCACUCAAAGGUGUUAAAGAUGUGGUUAGAGUUGGAUUCUCAAAUCACUGAUGCAGCUAAUGAAGCAAAGGACAAUGUGAAGUUCCUGCAGGCACUGGAGAAAGUUUGUCAGCCACUUUACAAUUCUGAUCCGGUCACUAUGACAAGAGGUGUUCCAAAUUUGAUAAAUACCAUUCAAAUGAUCCACAAUGUGUCACGGUACUACAACACCUCACAACAGAUGACUUCUCUCUUUAUUAAGAUCACAAACCAAAUGGUUACAGCCUGUAAGGAAUACAUCACUGAAGACGGUACUGCUCGUGUAUGGGACCAGGAUUCAGAAGUCGUUAUCAAUAGGAUGCAGGAAUGUAAGAAAUUGUUAGUGGAAUAUCGCAAAUACUUCCAGAACACAAAGAAAUAUACAACUGAGACAGCACAAGAUAAUCCAUUUGAUGUGUCAGAGAUGUACAUAUUUGGUAAACUUGAAGUUUUCUGCAAAAGACUAGCGAAGAUCACAGAAAUGGUUGAAGCAGUGAAAACCUUUUCUGCAUUACACAAUUCAACAAUUGAAGGAAUCGAGAUUCUGGCAAUAAAAUUUCAGAAUAUCUAUCUAAAUUUGAAGAAGAGUCACUAUGAUAUUCUGGAUCCACGGAAGAAAGAGUUCAAUUCAGACUAUGCUGUAUUCAUGAAACAAAUGUUUGAUUUAGAGAACUUGCUUAAUGACUUCAUGAGUAACUCCUUUGCUCAAAUUAUUUCUUCACGGCAUUCUUUACAACUUCUAAAAAGAUUUCAGAGUUUGAAUAUACCAUCCCUUGAGUCAGAGAUUGAAGUUAUAGUUGAACGUAUUAUCCAGCACUAUGCAGGAGAGUUAAUGUUUGUAAAUAAGCACUAUCAAAUUCAUAAAGAGGACCCACCACUUGCAAGAAACAUGCCUCCUGUAGCUGGAAAGAUAUUAUGGGUGAGACAGCUCUUCACACGCAUUCAUGAGCCCAUUGACUAUUUCUAUAAAAGUUCUCAGAUUCUCAAAAGCCCACAGGGUAUGUCCAUUGUGCGAAAGUACAACAAAAUUGCUUAUGUACUGGUAAAGUUUGAAACUUUGUACCAUAAGGCUUGGAUAAAAGAAAUUUCAGCCAUUGCAUAUAUGCUGCAAUCAACUCUUUUGAUACGAGAUCCAGAGACUGGAAAACUCUAUUCGAACUUUGAUCACAGAAUUCUUGAGAUUCUUCGAGAGUCUAAAUGCAUGUUAAAAAUGGGUUUGGAGGUUCCAGAGAUAGCCAAACGUCUGCUAAAAAUUGAAAAUACAUUAAAAUCUAACUGUAAUAAUUUGGAGUCUGCUCUUCAUGCUUUUGAAACUGUGCGCCAAGGAAUUCCUUCUGAGUUUAUUGCAUUGAUGACACCUAAAGUUAACAAGAUUGAGUCUAUUCUGAGACAAGGAGUCACGUUACUGAACUGGUCUUCGCUAACACUUGACCAGUUCUUUUCUGAUGCGAAUGUAGCCAUAAAUGAAUUGAUUACGUUGUUAAAGACACUAAUUGACUUACGUGAAAUGCAUAUCGAUGAAGUAUUAUAUGAAAUAGCCGAAAAGAUUAUGAUCAACUUGCCAGAAGAUCAUACCUUAACUUUGGAAAACAUGGUUGCAUACAAUGAGGUAACAUUCUGCAAAGAUUGGGCAGAAAUAUUAGUUCCAAAAGCUGGAUAUAUUGAAAACACCGUAAACAAAUUGGUGGAUAUAUUUAUUCAAAUCUCUGAAACAGUUAAAGACGUCGUAAAAUCUGAUGUUGAACCUGAGCGUCGACGAGUUGUAUUUACAGAAGUCCCUCAAGAAGAAAAUGCACCUUUCAGGAUUCCCAGCAAAAUUAAAGAUGAUAGCCAACAGAUUAAAAAAUAUGAGGAGCUUGAAAAGGAUAUUAAGGAACUUUAUGCAUAUUUUAGCCAUCAAUUGCUAGAUGCUUUAGUGAAAUCUACACAUCUGUCACUGGAAAUUUUCAAACGAAGAGUUUUCAAAAGAGGACUUUAUGGUUAUUCAAACAAUGUUGAAGAGUUUGCUCCUUUUAUGAAGGCUGAAGUGCGCUUGGCAAUUCCAAAUGUGGUUAUGUUACCAAAUCUGGAUGACAUUCAACAUGGUAUAAACCGAACUAUCCAGAUGAUUUUGGAAGUGAGCCGUAAAGUGCAACACUGGAGGCAAUCAAAAAGUCGUUUAGAAAGUGUUUAUGAUGCUCAGAAUGCAGUUGAAAUAAAUGAAAGCAGGAAUUUAAGAAAGCCGAAGAAUUUUUAUCACAAUGUAGCGGAACAUAAAGAUGUAACCAAAUUAGUCGCAAUGCUAUCUACUUCUGUCAACACCACCAGGGAUGCAGUCGUGAGAGCACUAGAACAAUUUCAAAGAUUCAAUCAGCUGUGGUUACAAGACAGGGAUAUGACAAUUAAGAAAUUUAUGGACAGUAAUCCCAGUCUUUAUGAACUUCGAGCCAAAAUAGAGUACUAUGCUGGUUUUGAACGAGAAAUUGAGGAACUCAGCUCCACCAUUACAGUGGACUUUAUUGAACUGAAUACAGAACCCAUAAAAAUGGCUCUUUCAGUGGAAGCCAAGGCUUGGAAAAUGGCACUUUGUCGGUUUUUGAAUGAGCAGUACAAGGAAAGAAUGGCAGCAAUAACAGCAUUUAUUUCUGAAGAAAUGAAGAAUUUGGCUCGGCCUAUUCAAGAUCUGGAUGAUGUUAGAUUUGCCAUGGAGUCCUUGUCGCAAAUACGAAAUAAUGAGAUACAGAUGGAUAUGACUUUGGGCCCCAUUGAGGAAGCAUAUAGCAUCCUGAAUAAGUAUGGAAUGGAGAUUUCAAAGGAGGAAACAGAAGAAGUUGAUACUCUUCGGUACUUUUUCAAUAAAUUACAAGUCAAAGCUAGAAAUGUGCAAGAUGAACUGGUGCAAGUCCAACCCAAAUUUAAGGCUAACCUGCUGGAGUCAGUGGAUGUUUUUCAGAAAGAAGUGCUCAAAUAUGGGAGACAAUAUGAGAAAGAAGGCCCAAUGGUUCCAGGCAUUGCACCAGCAGAAGCCAGCACCAGAUUGCAGAUCUUUCAGAGUUGGUUUGAUGAGUUAUGGCGGAAGUUUGUGACAUACUCUUCAGGAGAGCGUUUAUUUGGUUUGCCAGUACAAGAUUAUGAAAUACUGCAGAAAAACAAGAAAGAGCUGAGUCUAUUGCAGAAAUUGUAUAGUCUGUAUGAUGCUGUGAUGAAUAAUAUUAAUGGUUAUUAUGAUGUGUUGUGGACUGAGCUGGACAUUGAGAAAAUUAACGCUGAACUACUGGACUUUCAAAACAGGUGUCGUAGGUUGCCCAAAGGCUUGAAGGAAUGGCAAGCAUUUUUGGAUCUGAAGAAGAAAAUCGAUGACUUCAGUGAAUCAUGUCCACUCUUGGAAAUGAUGUCGAAUAAGUCAAUGCAGCUAAGACACUGGAACCGGAUUUCUGCAGUAACAGGGCACAAAUUUAAUGUGACGUCAGAAACAUUCUCUCUGAAAAAUGUCAUGGAUGCUCCACUGCUUCAAUUUAAAGAUGAUAUUGAGGAUAUCUGCAUAUCCUCUGUGAAAGAGAAGGACAUUGAGGCAAAAUUAAAUCAAGUGAUGCAGACCUGGACCAGUCAGACCCUCAGUUUUUCUUCAUUUAAGAAUCGAGGCGAGCUCUUGCUAAAAGGACUGGAGACAGCAGAAAUUAUAAUGUUGAUGGAGGACAGUUUAAUGAUACUGAGUUCUUUGCUCAGUAACAGGUAUAAUGCUUACUAUAAAAAAGAUAUUCAACUCUGGGUCCACAAUCUGACAGUAUGCACAACUAUAAUAGAACAGUGGCUCUUAGUACAAAAUCUGUGGAUUUAUCUGGAGGCUGUCUUUGUUGGAGGGGAUAUUGCUAAACAACUGCCGCAGGAAGCAAAACGAUUUCAAAAUGUUGAUAAAUCAUGGAUAAAAAUUAUGCAGCGAGCUCAUGAAAUUCCAAUCGUUGUGCAGUGCUGUGUCGGUGAUGACAUUAUGGGACAGCUUCUGCCUCACUUACAGGAACAACUAGAGGUCUGCCAGAAAUCCUUAACAGGUUAUUUGGAAAAGAAGAGAUUGUUAUUUCCUCGAUUCUUCUUUGUUUCUGAUCCAGCUUUGCUGGAAAUCCUGGGACAAGCUAGUGAUUCACACACCAUCCAGGCCCACUUAGCAGGAAUAUUUGAUAAUGUAAAUGAGGCAGUUUUCCACCCAAAGGAGUACGAUACCAUUCUGGCUGUCACUUCAAGAGAAGGAGAAAAAAUUCACCUGGAUAAUCCAGUGAUUGCAAAAGGCCCCGUGGAGCUAUGGUUAAGUGAUUUAUUGCGUGUGCAGCAAGCAUCAUUGCAUACUGUGAUUAAAUUAGCAUAUUACAGCUUCAGUGAACCAGAUUUCCAGCUUAUACCUUUCCUCUAUGAGGCUCCAGGCCAGGUAGGAAUUCUAGCAAUCCAGAUAUUGUGGACAAGGGACUCUGAAGAUGCACUUCGAUUGGCAAAAGACAGCAAAAAGAUUAUGCAGUCAACUAAUCAGAAAUUCCUAGAGCUGCUGAAUUCUCUUAUUGCCCAAACAACACAUGACCUGACUAAAUUUCAGAGAAUCCAGUUUGAAACUCUUGUUACCAUUCAUGUUCACCAACGGGAUAUAUUUGAUGACUUGGUAAAAAUGCAUAUCAGAACAGUAAGUGACUUUGAAUGGUUGAAACAAAGUCGAUUUUAUUUCAAUGAUGACACACAAGAAAUAAAAGUGGGGAUCACUGAUGUGGAAUUUAUCUAUCAGAAUGAAUUUCUGGGCUGCACCGAUCGACUUGUAAUCACACCUUUGACAGACAGGGAAGGUUUGGCACAGUCUGGUUCCUGGGGCUGCUUUGAUGAAUUUAAUCGAAUUGAGCUGCCAGUUUUAUCUGUCGCAGCUCAACAGAUUUAUAUUAUUCUUAUGGCAAGAAAAGAAAGAAAGAAACAAUUUAUCUUCACUGACGGAGAUAACGUGUCAUUGAAUCCAGAGUUUGGUAUUUUUAUCACAAUGAAUCCUGGGUAUGCAGGACGCCAAGAACUGCCAGAAAAUCUAAAAAUUCAAUUUAGGACAGUAGCCAUGAUGGUACCAGACAGACAGAUUAUUAUAAGGGUCAAGCUUGCUAGUGUCGGAUUUUUGGAUAACGUAUUGCUAGCUCAGAAAUUCUUCGUACUUUACAAGCUCUGUGAAGAGCAACUCACAAAGCAGGUCCAUUAUGACUUCGGCUUGAGAAACAUUCUUUCUGUUUUGAGGACUCUAGGAGCUCAGAAGAGAGCACGACCAGAAGAUAGUGAACAAACAAUUGUCAUGAGAGUUUUGAGAGACAUGAAUCUGUCCAAACUGGUGGAUGAAGAUGAGCCACUUUUCCUCAGCCUGAUCAGUGAUUUGUUCCCGGGUAUACAGUUGGAUAGUAGCACCUAUGUGGAACUGCAGGCUGCUGUAGCCAAUCAGGUAGAAAUAGCAGGAUUAGUUAAUCACCCACCCUGGAAUCUCAAACUUGUUCAGCUGUAUGAAACAGCCAGGGUCCGUCAUGGGCUGAUGACAUUGGGACCCAGUGGCUCUGGGAAGACAUGUGUAAUUCGUACUCUCAUGCAGUCACUGACUGAAUGUGGAGCUCCUCAUCGGGAAAUGCGCAUGAAUCCUAAGGCUAUCACUGCUCCACAGAUGUUUGGGCGACUGGAUCCUGCAACAAAUGACUGGACUGAUGGAAUCUUCUCAACACUUUGGAGGAAAUCUAUCAAGUCAAAAAAAGGUGAUAAUAUCUGGAUAAUUCUAGAUGGUCCAGUGGAUGCUAUUUGGAUAGAAAAUCUAAAUUCUGUACUGGAUGAUAACAAGACAUUAACUUUGGCUAAUGGGGACCGUAUUCCCAUGGCUCCUUCCUGCAAACUGCUGUUUGAGGUACACAACAUUGAGAAUGCAUCUCCAGCCACAGUGUCCAGAAUGGGAAUGGUCUACAUUAGCUCUUCUGCUCUCAGCUGGAAACCAAUUUUGAAGGCUUGGUUGAACAAACGCACUCCUUGGGAGGCAGAGAUUCUACAAAGCUUGUAUAAUGCAUCCUUUGAAGAUUCUUAUCAGUACAUGAAAUUAAAUCUCCAUCCAGUUAUGGAGCUGCUUGAGUGUAACUACAUUGUGCAGUCCAUAAAUCUGUUGGAAGGUUUAUUGGAAGUUGGAGUGAAUGUUAAUGAUGUACAACUUAGGCGGCUCUUUGUAUUUGGGCUCAUGUGGAGUGUUGGUGCCCUGUUGGAACUAGACAGUCGAGCUAAACUUGAGAAAUUCCUCCAAACACACAACAGCAAUUUGGAUCUACCUGCCAUUCCAGCAGGUAGCCCUGAGACCAUGUUUGAAUUUCUUGUCAAUCAGCAAGGCGAAUGGGAGAACUGGAAAAUCUGGGUACAGGAGUAUUCCUAUCCACCUGACAGUGAGCCAGACUAUACGUCAAUCCUUGUGCCAAAUGUUGACAAUGUCAGGACCAACUUUCUACUGCAUAUCAUAGCUAAACAAAACAAGGCAGUACUUCUGACUGGAGAACAGGGAACAGCAAAAACAGUCAUGAUUAAAGGCUAUCUGAAGAAAUAUGAUCCAGAAGAACACUUGUCCAAAAGUUUGAAUUUUUCUUCUGCCACAGAACCCUAUAUGUUUCAGCGAACAGUUGAAAGUUAUGUGGAAAAACGUGUGGGGAGCACAUAUGGACCUCCAAGUGGACGAAAAAUGACAAUAUUUGUUGAUGAUAUCAACAUGCCUGUUAUUAAUGAGUGGGGAGAUCAGAUCACUAAUGAAAUAGUGCGUCAGAUGAUAGAAAUGCAUGGAAUGUACAAUUUGGAUAAACCAGGAGACUUUACGAAAAUUGUUGAUGUGCAACUAAUGGCUGCAAUGAUCCACCCUGGAGGGGGACGCAAUGAUAUUCCACAACGGUUAAAGAGGCAGUUCACUGUCUUCAACUGUACAUUACCCACCAAUGCUUCAAUUGACAAAAUCUUUGGAAUUAUUGGAAAUGGAUACUUUCAAUCUUCCAGAAACUUCACUCCUUCAAUCUGUGAAAUGAUAUCAAAACUUGUUCCUGCAAGCAGAGUCCUUUGGCAGUGGACAAAGGUGAAAAUGCUGCCUACUCCAGCUAAAUUUCAUUACAUCUUCAAUCUGAGGGACCUAUCUCGCAUUUGGCAAGGAAUGUUGAACAUAAUGGCUGAGGAAUGUUUCAAUCUGGAGACACUCCUAGCUUUGUUCAAACAUGAAUGUACCAGGGUUAUUGCAGACAGAUUUGUAAGCGAAGAGGACAGAUAUUGGUUUGAAAAUGCAGUGACACGUAUUGUUGAAGAUAAUAUUGGAAAACAACUGGCAGAAAAGCUUCACAAAGAGCCGUACUUUGUUGAUUUUCUUCGUGACCUUCCAGAGCCAACUGGUGAUGAGCCUGAAGAUUUUGUAUUUGUUGUCCCAAAAGUCUAUGAAAUGAUCCCAAGCUAUGAAUUCCUGACUGAAAAAUUACAGUUUUACCAGAGGCAACAUAAUGAAGGAGUCCGAUCAGGUUUUCUUGAUCUUGUGUUUUUCAAGGAUGCGAUGACACACAUUAUGAAAAUAUCGCGUAUAAUCCGUACAGAUUGUGGAAAUGCUUUGCUGGUAGGCGUUGGUGGUUCUGGAAAACAAAGCUUUACAAAACUUGCAUCCUAUAUUGCUGGAUAUAAAAUAUUUCAGAUAACUUUAACAAGAGCGUACAAUGUUGGCAAUCUAAUGGAUGACUUGAAGAUAUUGUACAGAACAGCUGGGGCUGAAGGCAAGGGAAUCACUUUCAUAUUCACCGAUAAUGAUAUCAAGGAAGAGUCCUUUCUUGAGUAUCUCAACAAUGUACUUUCUUCAGGAGAGGUGUCUAACUUAUUUGCUCGGGAUGAACUUGAUGAAAUUACUCAAUCGCUGAUUGCACCAAUGAAGAAAGAAGCAUCUCGGGUUCCACCCACUUUUGACAAUUUAUAUGAAUACUUUAUAAAAAGAGCCAGGAAAAAUCUUCAUGUUGUCCUCUGUUUCUCUCCCGUUGGUGAAAAGUUUCGAUCACGUGCACUGAAGUUCCCCGGUCUGAUCUCUGGUUGCACAAUGGAUUGGUUCAGUCGCUGGCCCAGAGAGGCAUUGGUGGCUGUCUCAAACUAUUUCCUUUCUGGUUUUUACAUCGCCUGCUCAGCCGAGGUCAAAACCCAGCUUGUAGCAACAAUGGGUCUGUUUCAUGACAGGGUUUAUCAAACAUGUGAGGACUAUUUUCAGAGAUAUCGGCGAAGAACGCAUAUAACUCCCAAAUCCUAUCUUGCCUUUAUAAACAGCUACAAAACUAUCUACAAAGAGAAACAUGCAAACAUCAAUGAUCUAGCAGAGCACAUGCAAAUGGGUCUUUCCAAGCUCAUGGAGGCAACUGAAUCAGUAGCGCUUCUCGCAAAAGAACUAGCAGGAAAAGAAAAGGAACUAGCAGUGGCUUCCCGUAAUGCUGAUAAGGUACUUGGGGAGGUGACAAUUAGUGCACAAGCAGCAGAGCUAGUUAAGAAUGAAGUCCUGAUCGUGAAAAAUAAGGCCCAAAAAAUUGUGGAAGAAAUUGAAGCAGACAAAAAUAUUGCAGAGGGCAAAUUAAUCGCAGCAAAGCCAGCAUUAGAAGCUGCAGAGGCUGCUCUGAAUACAAUAAAACCUGCUGACAUUUCCACUGUGAGGAAGUUAGCCAAACCACCUCACCUGAUUAUGAGAAUUCUCGACUGUGUGCUCGUUCUCUUCCAAAAAAAAAUGGAUGCAGUCACCAUGGACCCUGAAAGACCCUGUCUCAAACCAUCCUGGGGCGAGUCUUUGAAGUUGUUGAGUGGCACUGGCUUUCUCCAGGCCCUGCAGCAGUUUCCAAAGGACACCAUCAAUGAUGAAACAGUAGAACUUCUCCAGCCAUAUUUCAUGAUGGAAGAUUAUACAUUUGAACAUGCUAAGAAAGUCUGUGGGAAUGUCGCUGGUUUGUUAUCCUGGACUCAAGCUAUGGCUUCUUUCUUUGCGAUCAACAAAGAGGUGCUGCCACUCAAGGCUAAUUUGGCAGUACAAGAAAACCGCCUCCAACGGGCCAUGAAGGAGUUAGGAACUGCCCAGGCACAGCUGGAUGAGAAGCAAGCUGAGCUUGACAAGGUACAGGCCAAGUUUGAUGCUGCCAUGAAGGAGAAAAUGGACCUAUUGGAAGAUGCAGAAACAUGUAGAAGAAAGAUGGAAGCAGCAUCAGCACUCAUUGAUGGUCUGAGUGGUGAGAAAAUCAGAUGGACAGAGCAAUGCAAGGAGUUUAAAGCACAAAUCAAUAGGUUGGUGGGAGAUGUGCUGUUGGCUACUGGUUUUCUUUCGUAUAGUGGUCCCUUCAAUCAAACAUUCAGAGAUAUAUUACUGAAAGUAAUCUGGGAAGCAGAGCUCCAGAAGAAGAGGAUUCCAUAUACAGAUAGUCUAAACAUUAUAGCCUUCUUGGUGGACCAGGCUAUGAUUGGUGAGUGGAACCUACAAGGAUUACCAAGUGAUGACCUGUCAGUUCAGAAUGGCAUCAUUGUUACCAAAGCAACCAGGUAUCCACUUCUCAUUGACCCUCAAACACAGGGUAAAACCUGGAUCAAAAAGAAGGAGAAACAUAAUGAACUGCAGGUAACAUCGCUCAAUCACAAGUAUUUCCGGAAUCACCUGGAGGAUGCUCUUUCACUUGGACGUCCUCUGCUAUUGGAAGAUGUGCAGGAAGAAUUAGAUCCUGCACUGGACAAUGUGCUGGAGAAAAAUUUCAUCAAAUCUGGGACCACAUUCAAGGUGAAAGUGGGUGAUAAAGAAACUGAUGUCAUGGCUGGUUUCAUGUUCUACAUUACUACAAAACUUCCAAACCCAGCCUACACUCCAGAAAUUAGUGCCAAGACAUCCAUCAUUGACUUCACCGUAACCAUUAAAGGUCUUGAGAACCAGUUGCUUGGACGUGUGAUCCUUACUGAGAAACAGGAGCUGGAAGCAGAGCGUGUGCAACUGAUCGAGGAAGUCACUGCGAAUAAACGCAAAAUGAAAGAGUUAGAAAAUAACCUACUAUUUAAGCUCAGCACCACCAAAGGUUCACUGGUGGAUGAUGAGUCUUUGAUUGGAGUUCUUCAGGUAACGAAGACAACAGCAACUGAAGUAAGUGAGAAGCUGCACGUGGCAGCAGAGACGGAGGUAAAGAUUAACACAGCACAGGAAGAGUACCGACCAGCAGCUACUCGUGGGAGUAUUCUCUACUUCCUUAUCACUGAAAUGAGCAUGGUUAAUAUGAUGUACCAGACCUCACUUGCACAAUUUCUGAAAUUAUUUGACCUCUCCAUGGCAAGAUCUAAGAAGUCACCUGUUGCUGCAAAGCGAAUCCGAAGCAUUAUUGACUACUUGACCUAUGAAGUUUUUAAGUAUUCAGUGCGAGGACUUUACGAAACUCACAAGUUCCUUUUCACUUUAUUGCUGCCUCUGAAAAUUAACCUAGAGCGAGGAUUCAUCAAGUAUAAUGAAUUUCAGACCCUUAUAAAAGGUGGUGCAGCCCUUGACCUGAAAGCCAGUCCACAGAAACCUUUCCGAUGGAUCCUUGAUAUGACUUGGUUGAAUUUGGUGGAGCUGAGCAAACUCUCUCAGUUUGCAGAGAUACUGACUCAGAUAUCGAAGAAUGAAAAGGCUUGGAAAGUCUGGUUUGACGCUGAAGCUCCAGAAGAGGAGAUUAUUCCUAAUGGAUAUAGUGACUCUUUAGAUGCAUUCUGCAAGCUGCUGCUUAUCAGGUCUUGGUGUCCUGACAGAAUUUUGUCUCAAGCUCGAAACUACAUUUCUGAGGCAAUGGAAGCAAAAUACGCAGAGCCAGUGAUCCUAAACCUGGAGACAACCUGGGAAGAAAGUGAUACACAAACUCCUCUGAUCUGUUUCCUGUCCAUGGGAUCUGAUCCCAGCAAUCAGAUUGAAGCGUUGGCCAAAAAACUUGAAAUUGGUUGCAGGGCAAUAUCAAUGGGUCAGGGACAAGAAGUUCAUGCCAGAAAGUUAGUGGCUAUGUCAAUGCAUCAGGGUGGAUGGGUUCUACUACAGAACUGCCAUUUGGGAUUGGCUUUCAUGGAUGAGCUGCUGGAAAUCUUAUUACAAAGUGAGAAUGUGCAUGACUCUUUCCGAGUGUGGAUAACUACUGAGCCACAUCCGAAAUUCCCGAUCACACUGCUCCAGACAUCCAUCAAGUACACUAAUGAGCCCCCUCAGGGAGUGCGGGCAGGACUGAAAAGGACAUUCACUGGAAUUACUCAAGACCAAAUCGAAUAUUCAAAUCUACCCAUGUGGAAACCGUUAUUGUAUGCAGUUGCUUUCCUACACACCACAGUCCAGGAACGGCGCAAGUUUGGUCCUCUGGGAUGGUGUAUUCCAUAUGAGUUCAACGCUUCAGAUUUCACAGCCAGUAUCCAGUUCAUACAGAACCAUCUUGAUGAUUGUGAUAAAAAGAAGGGUGUGUCAUGGAAUACUGUACGUUACAUGCUUGGAGAGGUUCAGUAUGGAGGACGUGUCACAGACGACUAUGAUAAACGUCUCCUCAACUGUUUUUGCAAGGUGUGGUUCAGUGAGAAAAUGUUUGAUUCCAAGUUCAGUUUUUAUACUGAUUACAUCAUCCCAAUCUGUGCCAGUGUGGAAUCCUACUUAGAGUAUAUUCAGACAUUACCUGCCGUUGACACCCCUCAGGUGUUUGGCCUGCACCCAAAUGCUGACAUCACGUACCAGAGUAAUACUGCAGCUGAAAUUCUCAACACGAUCACCAAUAUUCAGCCGAAAGAAACUUCUGGAGGAGGAGGAGAGACUCGAGAAGCCACUGUCUUUAAGCUGGCUGACAGUAUGCUGCUAAAGCUGCCCACUGAUUACUUGGCACAUGAGGUGAAAGGUCGCCUCAUAAAAAUGGGAAUAUUGAAUUCCAUGAACAUUUUUCUGCGCCAAGAAAUUGAUCGAAUGCAGAAGGUUAUUACGAUGCUCCGGAACUGUCUGAAUGACUUAAAGUUGGCUAUAGAGGGGACUAUCAUCAUGAGCGAGAAUUUAACAGAUGCCUUGGAUAACAUGUAUAAUGCCCGAGUGCCUGUGGUUUGGAAAAGGAUUUCCUGGGAUUCUGCUACACUGGGAUUUUGGUUCACAGAAUUCCUAGAGAGAAAUGCACAGUUUUCCUCCUGGAUAUUUGAGGGAAGGCCAAAUGUAUUUUGGAUGACAGGAUUCUUUAAUCCCCAGGGAUUCCUAACUGCUAUGAGACAGGAAGUCACACGUGCACAUAAAGGCUGGGCACUGGACAGUGUCACUCUACAUAAUGAAGUAACAAAACUGAUGAAGGACGAGAUCAAAAUACCACCCCCGGAGGGAGUAUAUAUCUAUGGCCUUUACCUGGACGGAGCAGGUUGGGACCGGAGAAAUAUUCGACUGACUGAAUCAACUGCCAAGGUUCUCUUUACAAUGGUACCCGUCAUUUAUAUAUUUGCCAUCAAUUCCACCGCACCCAAGGAUCCAAAACUGUAUGUCUGUCCAGUUUACAAGAAACCACAACGUACAGACCUGACAUUUAUAACUGCCCUCUGUCUGAAAACAGUCCAGCCACCUGAUCACUGGAUCCUGAGAGGGGCAGCUCUGCUCUGUGAUAUCAAAUAAAACAGCAGAUGCCCAGUUGGGCCAGACAGCGUCUUAGACCCCAAGGUAAUUUAACAGUAAUGCCACUGAAUUUAAAUAUCAAGGCACAAAUCUUAUCCACAUCCACCUGUCAGAAUAAGAAAACAUAUUUAUCAAC